UGUACAUACUGUCAACAUAAGAGACGUAAUUUAAGAAAAAUAUAAAUAAUGGCUUUUACAAGCGUCACCGAUAAUCGCAUGCGAUUUGCGAUCGAUCGAUUGAAUUGCAUGCCAUUUGUUGUAACGUCUGUAGAAGCCUUAAAAAAAUCGGGCGCCAAAAUUUAAAGAUUUUUUUUGACACUUUAGGUACCUACUGCCAACAUAACAGACGUAAUUUAAGAUUAUAUAUUAGACUGUUUGUACGAGCUGUCCCGUACUCCCAACAUGUAAAAUAUAAUCUUAUCUAUAAGUAGACAUGUAUGAUAAAGGUAUUGUCUCAGUGAUGUCUCAGAUGUUUCCCGUCGCUAGCUGUUGUUUGCUGUUGCCUCAUAAUUGGGAGUACCGUGUGUGGGUGCCUUGUGACUGUCUCAAGUUCUUUAAAACUUCGCAGGUGGAGUUGGAAAAGCUGAAUGCCGCCACUGAUGAGAUCAAUAAGCUGGAGUUGGAGCUAGAUGAGUCUAUGAAAACCUUCCACCUGCUCCUGAACGAGACGUCCCGACGACUCCAGGGUCUGACCAAACGGCUUGGGACUUGCGUGGACAAGUCCAGGCCCUACCAUGAAGCCGUUGCUGCCGCCGCAACAGCGAGAACAGAGUGCCAGAAGGCUGCUGUGCAGUUUCAAAGAGCUAGUGAGCUCCACGCAGCAGCUAAAGAAACAGUGACACUAGCCGAGCAGCGUUUCGUGAGCAAGCAGGAUGAGUGGCAGUUUGACAGCAACUGGCAGGAGGUGCUCAACCACGCCAUCAUCAAGGUCAUGGACGCAGAGAAAAGGAAAGCAGAAAGUGGCCGCGAGCACCAAAAGAAAGCCGCUGCCUUCAUCACAGCCGAGAAAAAGGUGGCUCAGUUGGAAGAAAACUUGAAACGCAACAUCAUCAAAUCUCGCCUCUACUUCGAAGAGAAGAAACUAUGCGACGAGCAGCUCCAAACACAGAACAAGAAGAUUGAGAAGCUCCAACGCCUCAUAGCAGAUGCUAAAUUCAGGUACUCAAAAUCACUUAAGGCGUUGGAAGAGAUAUCCGAAGAAAUUCAUAGAAGAAGAGGCGAGUAUAUUGGAAAAGAAAUCCCUGUUGGUCCACGAGAGCCAGGAGUAGGCGCGGAAAGAGAUCCGAUACAUGAUGAAGUUAAACUUGAAGAAGAAAAUGAUGGAGUAGAAAAGGACGAGGAAUCUAGUCUCCAAGAGUUGAGAAUGCGUGUGAGAGAGCUAGCACUUAAACCUAUCGAUAGAACUGAUGUGGAAACAGAUGAAGCUUGGGCGUUAGAGCUUAAUGAAACAAUCAAUAAACUGGAUCAGCUACUAAUGAUGAAAGAAAAUAACCAACAGAAAAGAUCCAAAUUCACAGCCAGUUCUCCGAGGAAUGCUAGCGCUCCGUCCACAAGCACGAAUUCAGCUUUCAAAUACAGUCAACCACCAAGCGAUUCUUGGAAAAACGAGUCUAAUUUAACGCGCGUCAAAUCUAGAAGUCGCGAAGUCAUGUAUGAUCACAACCCUAUACCUAUAAGUAAGACGGAAAAAUCUAAAAGCAUGAUGUCUUUGGAUGUCUUGGCUUUAGCUCGAGAUACAAAUAUUAUGGACAGGGAGUCUUACUUAAAAGCGGUUAUUGAAGACAAGAGUCCAACUGGAACGUACACUGAAAGUAAUUCGGAUAGAAACGACAGUCCAGAUGAGAUCUUAAUGGUCGAAUGUGAUUCAAGCGAUUCGACGCAGAACCCAGUCAUAAGGAUGACCAGUUCUACCGUCACUGACAGCGAUAAUAGUUGAAUUAAAGGAAAUUUUAAGUCAAAUUAAUAUCUGGAAUGGUAAAAAAAAUCUAAAUGUUGCAUAUCUGUUUUCUAUACGUGUUAAUGUAGCAUGUUUUUCAUAGAUUUUGUAUUAUAUUUGCAGGUUAUGUUUAUGUGUUGUACAUUUUUAGAGUUUGAAUUUCAUUUGGAUACCUGCGAUGUUAUAAAAUGAAAUAAAAAUCGGAACAGUUCUAGUAAGUUUCACUUUAUAUGUAAUAUUAAUUUUGAAUUUCAUAAAAGGUAACUUUUACUAAUAUAAAAUAGGUACUAUAUAUGUCUAGCAGAGAGAGACAAACUUGAGUGUCAAUAUUGGAAAAAAAUUGGUGGCCAGUAAAAUAAAAUGUGUCUGUUAAUUGGACAAGUUAUUGUGCCCCCCGGAUACGUAUGUGAUUUAAUGCCGAGCUUUUCUUAUGUUUUACUAAAAUAUCUAAUAAUAUUUUUUAAGAUUGAUAUUAUAUUUAGUUUAUAUACUCGAAAAUAAUAUUUUGCUCACUAAGUUAAUUUUAGCUAAAAUCUAUGUGUAUUUAUAUCUACGUGUAUUUCGUCAAGUGACAACAAGAUCUCACUAAUUGCAUAAAAAUAAACAAAAUAUCCACCUUGUUUUGUUAUCAUUACGGUUCACUAUGGUUUUGAAUUUGUGGUAAUAAUUACUGAGUUUUGGUUGUCAUCUGACGAUUUUAAGAAGCCGUAGUACGAGAGAUUUAUUUUUCAGUCGAUGUCCUUUUGUUGUGUGUUGUAAUGUAAUUACUACUCUGUUCUUAGGUUGUUUAAAGUAUUCUUAGCUAAUGAGAUAUUCCUUGAUAGAGCCAUAUCAUUCCACCGAUUAGCUCACAAAUCUUAUGUAGUUGUAGUUUUCCACGUACACUUAAAAGUAACUAAACAGUUAAUUAAACCUACGGGGUUAUAGAAGUAAGGUAAUUCGAAAUACUUACGAAAGUCGAGCAAUUACGAAAAUGAACUAUAUUGAAAUUACUUGUCGAAACUAUUUGUAGGUUACCCGAAUUCACUUUAGUCCUACUUUUAUAACUUUUUUCCUACGGGUUGUGUUUUUUGUUUAAGUUCUUGAUUUUGAUAUUUAAUUAUUAAAAUAUCGAUGGGAACUAACGUAGUAUGUUGUACGAGUGAUGUUAAGAAGACUGCACUAUAAUGGUUGGUACUUACCUGAGGUUGUAGAAUUGAUAGUUAUUAUAAGGGGGUGUAUAUUUAUUACAUAAUAUUUUUUCUUUUGAUAACAAAUCUAUCUUCUUGAGAAUUACUUGAUUGUACAUUUUCUUGUACAGUCGCCAUCAGAUAUAUCCAAGCGGCCAAGGUGCUCAAAAAUAUCUGAACACGCACUCUUAACGUCUUGAAAAUAGAAGUGCGUUCAGAUAUUUGUGAGCUCCGUGGACGCACCGAUAUAUAUCUGAUGGCGACUGUACAUCUAAAUCGAAUGUUUCAUUUCAAUUAAAAAGCGGAAAUUUAUAUUUAUAAACGAAUAUAAGCACAUUACAUUGUGACGCCAUUUCUGUCAGUAGAAAAAAACGGCAAAUUUAAAAAAUGUAGGCGCAAGCUUAUCGUCCCAUAGAAAAUAUGUUUCGCGCCUUUUUCUACUGACAAAGUUGUUUGACAGACUAUAUUAACUUAAUUUACAGCAUCGGAACAAAAGGUUAAAUAAUGAUAAUGAUGAAGUUGAAAUCUUUCGAUAAAUUAAGAGCUCCAACUUUAUAUAAAAUCCCAACUUGUAUGUAUAAUACUUGUAUUAUGUACUAAAUAAACAGUAAUUGAAGGUUUACUAACAAUACUAAUCUAUUAGUAAGAUUGAUUUUGUGCAUUUAAAUGCCUUAUCACACUUGCGAUUUGCGUGCGAGUUGAAAGUCGCGGCACGCCCUCUCUUUCAACUCACUCGCGAAUCCCUAGUGCGAUAGGGCCCUAAUGAUCUUAAAACAUACAUAAUGAUGAAAAUAAAAAUAUGUAUGGAGUAUGAGAAUAUUAAAUGAAGUUGAGAAAACGAAGUCUCAGAUGAAUAAUGAUUUAUCGAAGAUAAUUGGACGAAUUUAUCUAAUUCUAUUUAUAAUUUUUCUACGCGAUUUUGCCAUAAACUUAAUCCAGUUAAAUAAAUUAUGAUGUAUUAUGGAACAUUGCACUUUUAAAUGUAAGUAAUGUGACUCAAUGUUAGAAUUAAAUUCACUCACGUCAUAGUAAAAUGCAAAAUCCGUAACUAAAUGUGCUCCUAAUGAAUAUGCUCACAUGAAUUUUCUAACAAUGUUCUAGGUAAUAUAUUUGAAAGCACUGAAAUAUCUUUAGAUUCACUUGCAAGAUAUUAAAGAUUAUAGAUUGUACGAAAUAAUAAAACAAACCACGUCGAGACAACUAAGUUAUUGAGCCGCUAUGUUUUGAACUCUUUUAAAAAAAAAAACUACUCGUAUUUGUACAGUCGCCAUCAGAUAUAUCAGAGCAGCCGAGGUGCAAAAAAAUUUCUAAACACGCACUCAAACUUCUUGACAAUAGAGGCGUGUUCAGAUGUUUGUGAGCGCUUUGGCCGCUCCGAUAUAUCUGAUGGUGACUGUAGUAUAGAGCCAAGCUUGGAGGAUUUAACAACUGGAGAUAAUUUUCUGUAUAAAACAGUCUGGCGAUUUUGGCGCGGGAAGUGCACGUCAAAUUUAUGUCCAUUUGUACGUUACGUGAGAUAAACGUCAGUCCAUACGAUACAUAUGACCAUAGGCCGAGGUUUUCGACAGAGGAGAAGCUCUUAAAGGCGACUGCGGUUGUUAAAUCCUCCAAGGCGCCAAACCAAUUUUGUAUGGCACUUGCAUUGACAAAGUGUGGCUUUACCAUCAUUAAUGUCAAAUAUGAUGUUUAAUAAUGACAUUACCCUACUUUGUUCUAUUAAAAACGGUACAACGGUGUUAACUUGGCCGUAAAAGGACUAGCUACCUAUGUGCACCCCAAUGAUUUUUAGAUAUAUUUUUAUGGAGAAGGCCUACUGGUUGGGCCUGGAUUAUUAAUCACUAACAAAUUCACAUCUACUAAAUGCCAUUGUACUUUAAAAAUAAACUUUAAAAAAAUCA